ACAUUUCCCUCUCUAAUAUUCUUUCUAUCAGUACAUUAUUGCGCCAUCAAAAUGACCUAAACCAUAUUACAUGAUAAAAAUAUUACAAAAUAAUGAAAAACAACACCCGUUUAUGUUACAUUAAACUAGUAGAAGUCUCACACGAUAGGAAUAGAGAACCAAGACGUGGAAAGGCCGGGCGUUAUCUUUCAAGAGGGAAAUAAGAUAAUAGCAGGAACAUUAUCCAGAAUGAACUUUAGAUAAUAUUUUUUAAAAAUAAAUAAUAUAAAACUUACAUUAAUAAAUUUCUUCCUGCGAUGGCAUUAUCCAAUCGUUAAAAGGAGCGAUCAGUAAGAGGUAGGUCAACUUCCCUGUCUAUUCUGUUUUUGCGGUUAUUCCUCGAAUCGACCCGACGAGCGCAAAUUUCUCACUUUCCCACAAUCUUCUUGCAACCCUAAACCGCCCAUCGAUCAAAAUUCCAUACCAUAUUUGUACCUUCACCACCACCACGAUCACCAUUGACAACAAUAGCAUCACCGGCCAUAAUCCCCCCCAUGGAGGAAAUCCCCUCAUCCCCAAGAAACCGCCUCAAGUUUCUCUGCAGCUAUGGCGGCCGGAUCCUACCACGCCCCUACGACGGACUGCUUCGCUACGUAGGCGGCGAGACCCGCGUUCUAUCCGUUCCUCGCGCUGUCUCGCUUAAAGAUCUGAUGGAGAAGAUCACCGGCAUGUUCAAAGCGGAGUUGGUGGUGAAGUACCAGCUGAUGACAGAGGACCUAGACGCCCUCGUGACUGUCAAAACUGAUGAAGAUCUGUACCAUAUGAUUCACGAAUACGAUCGUCUUGAGCGCCGCUCGCGAUCCUCCGCCGUCGCCUCCUCCCCGCUCUUUCGCCUCUUCCUCUUUCCUUACCCUGCAGCAUCAGCGGCGGCCGAACCCUCCGUCCCUCUCGAUCAACGAUAUGUCGAUGCCAUCAAUGGAGGUCUCGCCAUCCACGAACGCUCGCACCACCCACACCCGCGGCCCCUUUUCGCCGUCUGUUCUAAUGGGGCCUCGCCUUCCUUACACGGUAAUAUGGGGGGUGAAGGCAUGCAUCGGGUGAGGAGCACGCCGAACCUUGGAGGUGGAGGAUUGCAGAAUGGAUCUCCAAGAGCUUACCAGCGGCCUGGCGUGGCCUUCGGGUAUGGCGGCGGGUCGGGGUUUAGAAUGGGGGCCCCAGGAGGGUUUCAUCAGGAGAUUGGGUAUGGAUGUGGGUGUUAUUGUGGGUGCGUGGGUUCAUCAUCGCAACCUCCGCGGAAGUUCGUGCGCUCCCCUCCGACGCAAGGGGGAUCGCCACUGGGUAGCUUGGCGGAAGUAUCGCCGCCGCGCAGGGGACAAGGGUUCCAUCUUGGCCCUCCUAUUGCUGGGCCUUUGAGGAGAGGGGUAUGAGAGUAAAUAAUAAUCUCCUUUGCCUUCUGCAGUGCUGUUGAACCCCUUGGCGGUGGCUGCUCAGAACGCCAUUUUUUUUCUUUGA